CAGUAAAGUUCUAUUACCUAUACCGAUCUUGAGAAACAAUGAUGCUGCAAGCUCGCGCUCCCGUAGUUACUCGCCCGACUGCAAGCAUUUCCGUGCGGCCAGCACGUAUCAGCUCUGUCAGGACACGGGCACUUUUCGGAUCUGGCAGCUCAGCAAAGACAGCUGAGCCAUCCACAAGCGAGUUCUACAACUUCACCGUCAAGGAUAUUGAUGGCAAGGACUUCAAGCUGUCGACUCUGAAGGGCAAGGCCGUGCUAGUGGUCAACCUAGCGUCGCAGUGCGGCUUCACGCCCCAGUACAGCGAGUUGCAAACAGUAUACAACAAGUACAAGGGGCAGGGCUUCACCGUGCUGGGCUUCCCCUGCAACCAGUUCGGCAAGCAGGAGCCCGGUUCCAACCAGACCAUCAAGGAGUUCGCCGCCUCCAAGUACGGCGUAACCUUCCCGCUCAUGGGCAAGGUGGACGUCAACGGACCCGGAGCUGAGCCGCUGUUCACGUGGCUCAAGGCCCAGAAGGGCGGCCUCAUGGGCAACGACAUCAAGUGGAACUUCAGCAAGUUCCUGGUCGACAAGCAGGGCGUUGUGGUGGGCAGGUACGCCUCCACUGCCAGCCCAGCCAGCCUGGAGAGCGACAUCCAGAAGGCGGUGUGAGGAGGAGGGAGGGCUAGUUGGUCCUUGACUCGGAUGUGUUGUUCGCAGUUUUGAUUGAGUGAGCGAGGUUAGUCUGCGAGGGAUGGAUGAUUGUGUGCAUUAUCGUAUUGGCGUUGUGUACAUUAGUGAAUUACAGAGGAGAGGCUAGGGGUGCAGUAUUCGGGACUACGCUUACAGUAUGCACUCCUGACUCCACGUGUAUUUUUUUAUUGUACCGUAAGCGGCAUGCCAAUACGGUGGCAAGGAGCGUUAAAUAAUAACCUGAGUUGGGUUUUUUGGAUUGUGGAGAGAAGUUGUUCAGCGACAGUUGCCGAGCUAGGCAGCUAAGGUGGCGGAGGC